AUGACGUUCAAGAUUAGAGACCUUGGUCAACCGCGUUUCUUUUUGGGCAUUGAGACACUACCAGUCGGGGACACCCUGGUUCUUUCUCAGCGGCGGUAUAUGAAGAACAUUUUAACACGCUCGGGGAUGACUGAUUGCAAAGCUUUGGCCACUCUAGCAGCCGUCACGAAGCCGGCUAGUCCGUCCUCUGACCUGUUCAAAAACCCUACUCAGUAUCGCCGUAUUGUUGGGGCUCUGCAGUACUUAACUAUCACCCGUCUGGAUCUUGUCUAUUCCGUCAACAGGUUAUGCCAGUUCAUGCACUCACCUACUACCGAACACUGGGUCUUACUCAAGCGUGUCCUACGGUAUGUUAAAGGUACACAGGAUCUAGGAUUGCGGCUCACGCCCUCAGCCUCCUCCGAUCUGCAUGCCUACUCCGAUUCUGAUUGUGCCGGGUGUCCGAUAGACCGCAAGUCUACCAGUGGAUAUGCAGUGUUUUAA